AUGAAGAGAUUUACACUACCUCUUAUCUCCUCCAAAAGGAAAAAAAAGGCGGAUUGCCUGCCCCGAGGGGAGUGCUCCUUCAACCCUAAACAAUGGCAAAGAUACAACAACAAGCAUUUAUGCUCCAGCGAGGAUAUGGGGGGGGGAGGGGGAAAGGAUAGAGGUGGAGCAUAUAAUCCAAAUCAGUCUCAGGUUAUCCUAAUACAAAGGAACCUUAUUAAACAGAAAAUAAAGCAUCAAAAG